AUGUUCUUGUCUGAACUCCUUGAUCUUCAGAAAAACUGCGGCGUGAAAUUAUUUGCUACCGCUAGACCAAUACCGGAAAUUACCGAUAGAUUUAUUAGUUAUCAGUUGGAAAUUCGCGCCCAUGAAUGUGAUACAUACAAAGAAGAGAUCAAGAACAAGAUCACCGAGAUUGCGGAUGGGAUGUUUCUACUAGCACAGCUUCAUUUCGACUCUAUCAAGACACAGAUAACACUCAAGCUUAUUGAAGAAACAUUGAGAAAUCUGUCCGGGGGACCUGAAGUAUAUACUCGGGCGUAUGAGGAUUCCAAACGGCGAAUCGAAGAGCAGGAUUCUGACGCAUCAAAGCUUUCUAUGAAUAUUUUGAUGUGGAUCACGUGUGCUAAGAGACAGCUUACAAUCCCGGAACUUCAAGAGGCGCUUGCAGUGGAAGAAGACCAAAGUUGCCUUGACGAAGAGAACAUUAUAGGGGAAGCAUUCAUGGUCUCGGAUAUGGGAAAGCUGAAUUUGGCUUUUCUCAAGGAUGAUGCAAAGGUCACUGCCUCGAUCCAGGCACCUGAGAAAUGGCCUUCGUGGCACUUCGAGAAUAGUAAAAAGAGACCAAGAAGAGCACCAGGUUUGCACUUAAAGGCUUACUUCGGGCUCUAUGAAGCCGUCAGUAACUUUUUUGAACAUAACCACGGUGUUCUUUCUAGGGAUACUUUCGGUUGCACGCCACUAUUCUGGGCUGCAGAGAAUAGACAAGAGGUUGUCAUCGAGCUACUUCUGGAAAGGGGCGCCGAUAUUGAUCCGAGAGAUAAAUAUGGCCAGACGCCGCUAUUGUUAGCUGCAUCGAACGGACACGAGUCUAUCGUCGAGCUACUACUGGGAGAGGGCGGCGACUUUUAUCUGAGAGAUGAAGAUGGCAGUGUGAGGGGCUCAAACCGAACUUAA